AUGGAUAAUAGUAAAGUAAUUACAUUGGCAGCUACUGCUGGUGCUACAGCACUGGCUGCAGGAAUGUUGGUAUCAUACGUACGCAAUAGAUACACACCUGGCGAACACUCUUCAGUGUUUAGAUUCGAUGAGAAGUCAUCCGGUGGUGACUUGGUCGCAAAAGUGUUGGUCAACCACGGAGUCAAGUUCAUCUUCACAUUGAUUGGUGGUCAUAUCUCACCAAUCUUGAUCAGCUGUGACAAGGAGGGCAUCCGUGUGAUUGAUGUCCGACACGAGGUCACCGCUGUCUUUGCCGCCGACGCCGUGUCUCGUAUCUCUGGCGUGCCAGGCGUUGCGGCCGUCACAGCUGGUCCCGGUCUGACCAACACCAUCACCGCUGUCAAGAAUGCUCAGAUGGCACAGAGUCCACUCAUACUGUUUGGAGGUGCCACUAGUGACCUGCUCAAGGGCAAGGGUUCACUCCAGGACAUUGACCAGUUCGCACUGCUGGCGCCACACUGCAAGUGGAUGUACCACAUUAGCCGAGUUGAGGAGAUCGUCCCAACACUCGAGAAGGCUUUCGUCAUUGCACAGUCUGGCACGCCAGGUCCCGUCUUUAUCGAGUUCCCCAUCGACACACUGUACCCACAGCCAAUCACCACCGGCUGGUACCUAAAGUCCAAGUCGGACAACACGACUCUGGCCAACAAGAUUAUCAACGCCUACAUGACCUACCAUCUCAACAAGAUAUUCAACUGUCUGGACACUGACAUUGUCUUGCACAAGCCCGCCUUUGUUCCACUGGCCCUCCCAUCCAGCUCAGCCAUCAAGAAGACCGUCAAGUUGCUGCGUGCUGCCAAGUCACCAGUGCUCAUUCUUGGCGCCCAAGCAAUGUUGCUCGGUGCCAACGGUAGCAUCACACCAACACAACUCCAAGAGGCAGUACAGGGACUGAACGUACCCGUCUUCACAUCAAACAUGGCUCGUGGACUUAUGGGUGCUGCCCACCCCAACCUAUUCCGUCACUGCAGGCGUGAGGCCCUCUACAAGGCCGAUCUGGUCAUCCUGGCUGGUGCGGUCUGCGACUUCCGUCUAGGCUAUGGCAAGUCGAUCUCUGCCAAGGCCACAGUGGUCGCAGUCAACAGGGACAAGAGCGAUCUGUACAAAAACCGCUCACCAACCUACGGCUACUUGGCCGACCCCGCCACAUUCCUCGUGGAGCUGGCCGAGGAGAUGGCCCCCUACAAGCAACAAUGGAGACAAUGGUGCGAUGAUCUCUCCAAGAAGGACAUUGCAAGAGCCCAAGAGAUCAACAAGAAGGCUGAGCCAUCACCAGACGACAAGCCAGGCUUCCUCAACCCUCUCACCGUGCUGGAGCACUUUGAUCAGUUCUUGCCACAAAACACAGUAAUGGUUGCUGAUGGCGGUGACUUUGUGGGAUCGGCAGCGUACAUUGUGCGUCCUCGUGGACCAUUGUGCUGGUUGGAUCCAGGUGCAUUUGGAACACUUGGCUGUGGUGCUGGCUUUGCCCUCGGUGCCAAGCUCUGUCGUCCAGACUAUGAUGUCUGGAUCAUCUUUGGUGAUGGUGCCUGUGGAUACAGUAUUCCAGAGUAUGACACAUUCGUUCGUCACAAGAUUGCCAUUGGUGCCCUAGUUGGUAAUGAUGCCUGUUGGAUGCAAAUCAUGCGUGAACAAGUUGAUUCACUUCACAGUGAGGUUGCAUGUAAUCUUGCAUAUACAAACUAUGAUCAGGUGGUCAAGGCAUUUGGAGGUGAUGGACACAAGGUUACUACGAUGCCAGAGCUCCAGGAGGCAUUGGUAGCAGCCAAGGAAACAAUGGACAAGGAGAAACUACCAGUCCUAAUCAACUGUAUCAUUGGAAGGACUGACUUUAGAAAGGGUGCCAUCUCUGUCUAG